AUGGGUGUGAAGAAGCUCUGGGAUUUACUGGAGCCGUGUGGGCGCCGCAUCAGCAUCGAGGCCCUGACCGGCAAACGACUGGCAGUAGAUGCAUCUGGGUGGCUAUUUCAGUUCAUCAAGGCCAUGCGAGACGAGAGGGGGGACCUCAUCAGGAAUGCACACCUGGUCGGUUUCUUCCGCAGAAUCUGCAGGCUCCUAUUCCACCGCAUCAAGCCCGUCUUUGUGUUUGAUGGUGCCACCCCCGCCAUCAAGAGGAUGACUGUCAUUGCCAGGCGCAGGCAGCGGGAGCAGCAGGAUGCACGGCUGCGACGCACCGCAGAGAAGCUCCUGCUGAACCAGCUGAAGCAGCAUGCCCUCGCCCAGGUCGCCUCGCAGGGAGGGUCUGAUGUCCUGGCGCAGAUGGCUGGUACACAGAAGUCCAGGGGCACGAGGCCCGACCCCUUCCAGGAGGUGGUCGUGCAGGACACUGAUGCCGCUGCAGGAGGGCGCGCCGCUGGCGCCCAGCCCCACGCCGUGCCGGCCCAGUGUGUGCCCGAGGGACCUGCUCUGGGUGCAUCGGCACCCCAGCCUGGCGAAGUUGAGCAGGAGCUGGAAGCCCAUCUGGACCUGGACCUGGAUCAGCUCGGUGGCGUGGAGUCUGGAGAGAUCGACGCCGAGGUGCUGAGCCAGCUGCCGCCCAGUGUGCAGCUGGAAGUCAUGCUGAAGCUGCGCGAGGCGCAGGUCGUCGCGAAUCGGGAGAAAUUUGCCGCUGCGCAAGGAGCCCCCCUGGCCUUUUCCCAGGUCCAGAUGGCGCAAUACCUGAAGGCCACCGCAUUCCGGCGCCAGGUCAACGAGAUCAAGGAGGCGGUGAACGCGGCGGCGGGGUUGCUGGGCGCGUCCCGCCGGAUAGCGGGCGAGCCCGGGCGGGAGUACGUCCUGCUGCGGGAUGAGGAGGCGCUAGACGGCCCCGGCGUCCCGGGGGCCCAGGGGGCGUCCAGCCCGCCAGAGCCCUCGGCCGCGCCGGCCUCCUCCGCCGCGCCGCCGUCAUCCGGCGGGCCCCUGCCCGCCCAGGACCCAUUGGUGCUGACUUUCGGGGCGUCGGACUUGGACCCCGCCACAGACGCGAGCGAGGAGGAGGUCGGCUGGGAGGAUGUGGAGGAGGAGCCUUCGCUGCCAGGCAUGCUGGCCUCUCCCGGAGGCUCGACGGAGCCCGUCCCCGAUGUGGGACUGCGGGAGCAGCGCGAUCUGCACUGGCGGGAAAGGGCCGCGAGACGGCAGCGCUUCUGGAGCCUGGCGCAGGGCUUCCGGCAGGGGCGCGCACUGAGCGACUGGGGCAAGGCCGGCGACGGCGCCCAGGGCAGCCCUGCGCUGAGUCCCGGGAGGGCCGAGGACGGCACUCGCGAUGAGGAGGAGCAGGCACUCCAGGCGGCCAUCGAGGCAAGCCUGCAGGAGAGCCGGGAGGCGUGGGAAGUCGCCGGCAACAGCGGCCCCAGUGGCAGCGGGCCGGCGAGGGGCGGGAGGGAGAGCGGCUGGGUCGGGACGCUUCCUCCCGAGACAGCCCUUCCUCCUCUGGCCCCUGACUGCCAGGCAUCAUUCGCUGGAGCAUCCGAGACAAACCAGGCGUCGCAUGCGCCCGCUUCGGGGUCUGAGGAAGACUGGGAGGAUGUCGCCACGGAGCCUGCUCCGCCCGGCCUGGCCCCUUCCCGGGUCGCAGCAGGCGUGAACACUGCGUCGGAAACUGAGCUGAACAGGCUGCUCUCCGGCGCCAGGGCCUCCGCGCCAGACAAGCCCGGGCAAGGGCUGGCAGUGGGCUUGAGUGUGGAGACUGUGGCGCCGCCGCAUGUUGGAGUGAGUGCCAGCGCAGAGAAGCACUCGCCUGCAGAGGAGCUUGUAUCGGCGAUUGCCUCCACAGUCAGCGCCCUCGCUGCAGGUGCCCAGGUCGAGGCGAUCUUGACGGAGGCUGGGCCGACGGGCGGCGUGGAGAUCCAGGCGCUGGACUCCCCAUCUGGUCCGCAAGUUUCGCCCGAGAAGAAGGCCAUGGAGACCAACACAGCGGGGAUCGUCGAGGGAGGGAAAGCUUUGAACGCCGUGGCGGCUGACCCACUACAGCCUGAUGCCGCUGAGGCUGCAGAUGUCACAGAGUUCUUGGGAGACAUGGAGCCGGAUGCGGAGGAAGAAGAACCCCUGACGUUCGUCGACGACUUUGGGCCGGGAAUUGGGCCGGGCGAGGCGGAGGCCGGCCUGGAGGCGCUGCGUCACGAGGCGUUGGGGCUGAGGCAGGCGCAGCGUGCACAGCGUGGUCAGGCCGACGCCCCCACAGACGAGAUGUACACCGAGAUCCAGGACAUGCUGCAGAUGUUUGGCGUGCCCUACAUCGUGGCACCUGGGGAGGCAGAGGCGCAGUGCGCCUGGCUGGAUGCGGCGGGGCUGGUGGACGGCGUCAUCACCGACGACGACGAUGCCUUCCUGUUUGGGGCUCAGACGGUGUACAGGCACAUCUUCUCCACCAAGCAGACGGUAGAGGAGUACCGCACCCGCGACGUGGAGUCUGAGCUGGGACUCAGCCGGCCCGAGUUCAUCUCGCUGGCCCUCCUGCUCGGCUCCGACUACACGCCGGGCGUCCGAGGCAUCGGCAUUGUCAAUGCAACGGAGGUGGUGCAUGCUUUCCAGGGCAUGGAGGGCCUGCAGGACUUCCGUGCCUGGGUGCAGGCCCCUGACGCCGCGGUGUCUGAACUCAUCGCCAAGGCCACAGACGAGGCGACGCAGUCGAUGCGCCGCGCCUUCCAGCUCCGGCAUCGCGGGGUACGGCGCAACUGGGACCUCCCCAGCGACUUCCCAUCACCGGCAGUGCUGGAGGCGUACCUGUCUCCGCGUCUGGACACAUCCAGAGACAGGUUCCUGUUUGGAAGGCCGGACCUGGCGCUGCUGAGGAGUCUCUGCACCGCCAGGUUGGAGUGGACCCCGGUGCAAGCCGACGAGCUCCUGCUCCCGGUCCUGAAGGCCUGGGACGAGCGAGAGCACCAACAAACCCUGGAGCCGUUCCUUGCCUUCCGGAAGCGGUUUGCGAAGAUCCAGUCCAAGCGACUGCAGCAUGCGGUGCGCGGGAUUGCUGGGAAGACGACGGCAGACGUUCGCCUGCUGGUGAACCAGGUCGUCACGAGCACCGACACCAAGAGCGCCGGGGCUGCGUCCUCCCAGCUGAUCCAGCUCCUGAGCAGCCCCGCAUCGCAGCAUGGCAGCCUGGAUGCCGUGCUGCUGGACCUGCAGCCCCUCCUUGGGCCGGGAAACGGGAACCCAUCCUCCACGCUCCUGGAUGCCCACUCGGGGCUGGGCGCCGCCUGCGCCGCCUGCCUCGCGGAGGAGCGGGUGCUGGCCCUGCACGGCGCCGCAAUCCUCGGCUGCCUGGCCGCCGCGGCCCCGCUCGUGUUUGGCGGCAGGGCCUCCACCGCGCUGCUGCUCACCGCCGCGGGCGUGGCCGCCUCGCUGCGCGUGACCCUGGCCAGGAGGGGCAGUGGGGAGGGGGACCCGGCGACGGAACACCCAGCCAGCGAUGGUGCAGGGCACCCUUCCAUCGUCACUGAAGGCCCCAGGCCCCUCAUUGGGGUGCACGAUGCGCUUGCUUUCCUCGCGCCGCUGUUGACCGAGGCGCAGCGCGUGGCCGCCGCCGAGCUGCGCGCCGUGGUCGGCCCACGUCUGGGAAAGCGCGCCGCGCUGGAGGCGCUGCUGGACCGGGGGCUGGACCAGGCGCUGCGCACGAUGUGCCUGCGCGCGCGGCGCGAGACCGCGCUGGGCUGCGGCGAGGAGGCCGACGCGGCGGCCGAGGCGCUGGAGCGCGCGGCCGCAAACCUGGUCGAGUCCCUGAGCGAGCGGGAGGCUGUGGUCGGCGCCGUGCCCAAGAACCGCCCCUGGACCACCGGGCACGGCGCGUGCGCUCUGCGCCUGCUGCGGGAGCUGACGGAGUGGAUGCCCUGCCUGCUUUACAGCCGACCCGUCGUGCGCGCCACGCUGGGGCUGGGCGGCGGUGGGCCUGACGCGCCGCCCGCGGCGCAGGAGUGGCUGCAGCGGAUGCCACGCCUGGCGGCCGCGCGGGCGCCGGGUGCGGCCUCCGCCGCCUUCGAGACCGUGCUCAUGGAGGGCCUGCUGGGGCCAGGAAGUGGGGAGUCGGCGCCGACGCUGGCCAGCCCCGCCGUGCUGCCCGCGAUGCUGGCCCUGGAGCCGGGGGAGGAGGGCGGCGCGGGGCAUCGAGGCUUCCUGAUGUGGACCGCCAAGGUCAGGGCACUCGGGGCCGCGCAGACCCAGCUGCGCGGCCUCGAGGGCGCGGCUGCGCACGACGCCCUCCUGGCGGCCGCGAUGCAUGGCCUGCAGGGUGCGGGCGAUGAGGACCAGCCCCUGGCAAACAGGCGAGCUGGGAUGGUGUUUCCGCGUGCUGGGGCCAUGUGCCUGGAGGCGGCGGCGCUGCUGAUCCUGGGGCUGGCUGAGGACAAGGAGACGACGCAAGACCAGGCGCCCAGCACACCGAGGCGGCCAGGGCGCUCGCUCCUCCGGCUGGAGGGCGCCACGCCGGCUCGGGCGCUGCUGCGCGCGCUGUGCCGCGCCCCGCUGGAGGCCGGGGACGAGGGCGCGGCGGCGGCGGCGGCGGCCACCGCCUGGCACUGGCUGGCGGCCGCGCUGGGGCCCGUCGCGCGGUCCGCGGUCUUGGAGGAGCUGGCGGGGGCGGAGGCGACGCGGGCGGUGUCGGCCGUCCAGGAAGCCGUGGCCCGCCUGCCCAUCUGGCCUGCCAGCGACAGGCUGUCGGUGGAAGAUGCCAAGCAGCGACUGGCCCUGCUGCGCUUCCUCCUGUCCUCAGAGCUGGAGAGGCUGGCGGUGUGGGAGUCGCCCCUGGACACCAAGGCUCAUGCAGCAGUCGCGUGCGACUGGCCCACCGUGGCGCAGUGGGAGACGCUGGCCGCGGCGGCCUGGAUCGCCUCGCCUCGCCUGGCGCUGGCGCUCAAGGAUCGCUUCCCUGGAUUUCCCGCCCUGCGCCUGGAACUCGAGCGCUUUGUGCUGGUGAACGCCGCUGCAAAGUCGCUGCAGCUCCUGCCUCAAGCCGGCGCGCUGCUCGCGGAGAUGGCUGGGGAGCCCGCGGCCGCAGACAAGCUGGUGCACCUGCAGAGCUGGGCGCCGCUGCCCCUGCUGCAAGCACUGGCUGUCGUCAAUUCCGCGGGUGGAAAGAAGCCCGAGGUGCUGGAGUACCUCUCGCGCUCCCUGCACGAGUGCAACCCCGAGGAGGUGGCCUUUUUCUUGCCCCAGCUGGUGCAGAUGCUGCGCACCGACCACGACGGCGUGGUGGCCCGCUUCCUCCUCGAUGCCGCGGCCGUCUCUGUGCACUUUGCCGUGGUCCUGGCCUGCCAGCUGCGCUCCGAAGGCACGCCCCCCGACGAGGCCUUUGACCCACAGGUGAGGCGGUCUGGGUGGUCUGCCCCCAAGGAUUCAGGACUGUGGCAGGUUGCCGACAAGCUGCGGACCAGGCUAAUGUCAGGACUCCCGGAGGACGUGGCAAAUCUGCUGAAGGACGAGCUGGCAUACUUUGAUGACAUCACUGAGGUGUCAGGGAAGCUGUACCCGGUUCACAAGGACAAGCGAAAGUCGGCUGCAGUCGAGUUCCUAAAAGCUGUGGAGCUCCCCAGGGGCGACCUCUUCCUGCCAACCAACCCCGACUGCACCGUGCUGGCGCACAUCCCAGAGUCCGCCGCUCCCAUGCAGUCCGCCGCCAAGUGCCCCAUCCUGGUGGCCUUCAAGGUACAUGUGCGCCAGGACGUCCACCCCGGGUUUGCAGACGGCGAGGUCGAGGAGGCGGGCAGCCAGGGGUCGGGCAAGGAGGAUGAGGAGCCGGAGACCCGCGCCUGCAUCUUCAAAGUCGGGGACGACUGCAGGCAAGACAUCCUGGCACUGCAGGUGAUUGGCCUACUCAAAAAGGCCUUCCUGACGGCGGGUCUGGACCUGUACCUGUUGCCGUAUGGGGUCAUCGCCACAGGCUAUGAGUGUGGUAUCAUUGAGGUCAUCCCGAACUCCAAGUCCCGUGCCCAGCUGGGCGAGCUCACCGACGGUGGACUGGCUGAGGUAUUUGCCCGUGAGCAUGGCCCUCCCGGGACCGAGCGGCAUGAAGCUGCUCGACAGAACUUCAUUCGCUCCUGUGCCGGGUAUGCUGUCGCCAGCUACCUGCUUCAGAGCAAGGACCGCCACAAUGGGAACAUCAUGUUGGAUGGCGACGGGCACCUGCUGCACAUCGACUUUGGCUUCAUCCUUGGCAUUUCCCCAGGUGGCAACCUUGGCUUCGAGAAUGCUGCCUUCAAGCUGAGUUACGAAAUGACCGAGAUCAUCGACCCGGCGCGCAGCAAGACCUCCCCCAGCUACCUCCACUUCAAGGAGCUCUGCAUCAAGGGCUUCCUCACGUUCGGUCACCUGCUGCACAUCGACUUUGGCUUCAUCCUUGGCAUUUCCCCAGGUGGCAACCUUGGAUUUGAGAAUGCUGCCUUCAAGCUGAGUUACGAAAUGACCGAGAUCAUCGACCCGGCGCGCAGCAAGACCUCCCCCAGCUACCUCCACUUCAAGGAGCUCUGCAUCAAGGGCUUCCUCACGGCUCGCAGCUCGGCAGAAAGCAUCGUGGCCACUGUGGCGAUGAUGGCUUCCUCGCACCUUCCCUGCUUCAGGGGCCCCAAGACGGCCGUCGAGCUGCGGCACCGCUUCCGGCUGGACCUGGGGGAGAAGGAGGCCGCCGCCCACAUGGACGGUCUGGUGGAGGCCGCCUACGGCAGGUGGACCACCGGCUUCUACGACUGGAUCCAGUACCUGCAGAAUAACAUUCCCAAGUAG